ACAGACCCACAGCAGUUUAUUUCUGAGAGACUUUUUCCUCUGGCUGCUUUUCUCCUCUUCUCUCCUCGCCUGCGUAAAGCUGCGCUCAACAACAUUCGGGCACAGUUACUUUUUUUCUUCCCCCUCCCUCCUUAAAAUAUCUCCUUAGAGGGGAAAAAGAAAAACUUUUGUUUAUCCGAGCUCGCUUCUCUUGACUUUUAGAGAAGCUACUGCCAGCUCAGUUAGUUGGUUUACUGUCUUUUUAGUUUUUUUUACCACCUCCAGGAUGGCUGCUGAUACAACCGAGACCAGCUCCGCCAGCGUUGGGGAGAGGCUGAAAGGUUACGUGCGAACCCAGAAAGGCUCCAUCCUGGCUGCAGAAAUAGUCCUGAGUCUUAUAAUCCUCAUCUGUUAUGCUUCAUCCUAUUAUGGAGGCUACACCGCUGUUGCCAUAGUUGAGAUGGUCAUGGCUAUAAUCUUCUUCGGCGUCUUCAUGAUGGACUUGGACAAGCAGUUUCAAGUCGUCAACUGGCUCUGGAGUGAUCUUCUCCGCGCUGCAAUUGGCGCUUUGUUAUACAUCAUCACGUCGCUCAUCUGCGUCAUCAGAGGAGCCGGGGAUGGCGCGCUCAUCGCAGGCGGGGUGUUCGGUUUGAUCGCUGGUGUCCUGUUUGCUUACGACACGUACACCAUCUAUCUGCAAAUCAAGAGCAGCAGGUCGCAAACUGCAGUCCCCACUGAUGAAAGAGUCUAAACGGUCUGCGCCAUCUGCCGACGACGCUGCAGGAUCACACAUUAAAAAAAAACAUAGAAGCGCAGCUCAGUAAGGGGAAAGGUGGACAGUAAAAGGAACAGGUCACGGUUUUAAUCAUUGCAACUGUGCGGUGUGAACAAGCCAGAUGUAUUUUAGGGCCGUGUCUGAGGGGAGUGUGACAUAACCAAAAUGAGAAGUACUGUACAUCUGUGUCUGCAUGUGUGAUACGUGGGGAAAACCCCACCCCGAGUUUUUGUUCCGACCAAGAUAGACCACCGACUAAACAGGGAAACCUGCCAUUAGUGGAGUAACCUAAGACUCUAGUCGGUGUCUUCAAAUAGCAUUUCUAAUCAAUGUUUCUGCUGUUAACGGUCUGCUGUAGCGAGUAUUAACCGUGUUAUUUGGACUUUAGAAGAAACUGACAUUAGGGGUUAUUUAAAAAACAUAAUUACGCUCUUCUGUAAAUCUAUAAGUUUAAUAUUUUAACUCGUUUUAUCACCGCAGUCUCUGCGUUACAAUGUCUUAAAUGAAUGAAGAGUUCCGUUUUUUUUAUGUAGGGUUUUCGUAAAAGGUCAUGAGCGAUAAAUGUCUCGCCUGCAUUGGUUAACGCUCCUAGCAUCUUCACUUGGAUAAAACAGAGAUUAGCUUUCCGGCUAACACCUAAACAGAGUGGCUAGCCAAUAAAAAUGGCAAUAUUUCCCAUCUUUUAUAUAGAUUUGCACCAAAUUAGUGAUUGGAUAUGGAUGAUUUUCACUUUGAUCUUCCUUUGCUGUUUGACGGGCUGGUUGGAAACUCAAAUAUCCAAUCUUUACUAGUGAACUCAGCAUUAAACGCUACCAGCUCGCUCUUUGGUGUGGAAGCUGUUACUGUGGGAGGAACACUCAAAGUUAGCUACUUUCAGAUACUAUUGAUACUACUACUGCCAGAUGAAUCAAAGUGGUGUAAGAGGCUAUUUAAAAAGCUGCUCUCUGCAGUUUUCUUUCUGUGGUUCAUUCAGAUUGUAGUGGCCUAAGAGAGCACAGCAAAAUGGGCUCUUUUGUAUAUUUUUGUGCCUUUUUAACCUCCAUCUCUCAUUGUACUGGAUUCAGCAAUGUUGAAUUGAGUAGAGGGCAGUGGAGACUGCUGUUUUAGUAACUCUGUACCAAAACCUGCCAAAAACUAAAACUUCUUGAUCAGUUUGCUUUAAAAUUAUAAUGAAACUCUGAUCGAUGUCUUGUCUUUCACACAGAGGAUUGCCAUCAGCUCGGCUCCUAAUAUAAGAAACAAUGGCAGCUUAGAAUAGACAAGCUAGAAAAACAUGUUUUAAAUGCUCGCCUUAUUUCUUUUAUUACUGUUCCUGAGGAUAAAUGGGAAGUGGGAAAAUCUUGGUGUUAGCGGGUUGCUAAUUUAUAAAAAAAA